CCUAAAUAAGUGAAGUUGUAGUUUUGUUGCCUAAAUUUAAACUUUGAGAUGAUUUAUUAAAAUAAAUGCAGAACUUUAGAGUCACUCCUCUUCAUCAAAUCAACCUCUUCUAUUUUUAUAUGGACUGAAUAAUACAGUCAUUGUUCCAUCCACUCAAUCCUCUGUAACGUUAAACAAAGCAGGCCUAUUGUGUGAGUGAGUUUAGCUGCUCUUUGUUACAGGAAACUGAGAAUUAACGCCCCCGAGUUUGACCAAAUUAGCGCAUCCUGGCAUCUUCUGCGUAAUUGCGAUGGAGAUGGAGCAUGGCUGUCAUAGCUGCUCUCUGCACUGAAAAAAACAACAACACACUCUCUCUUUAACGGGACUUUCAGGCGACACAUCCUCUCUCUCCUCCCUCUCUCUCUCUCUUUGUGGGAUGCUCUCUGGAUGGAUGAGCCCUCGCAAUCGGAGUCACCACCAUUACAUCAUCUAUUCCCACACAUGCCCUACAUCAAAUGAGAGCUUUUUAAUAUUUAACUGGGAUCAUUUGGACUGAGCUUUUUUAUGCGUAAAGGACGUGGGGAUAAUAAAAAAACACAUCAACAAUGUCUGCAGGCAUGAUGGCGCUUCAAUGAGCUGGGAGGAGAGGAGGAGGAGAGGAGGAGAGACGUGCACCGUCAUCAGCAUCAUCUGUCCGCCAGCUCCCUUUGUGUUCACCCGGAGAAUGUGAAUGGCGAAAGAUGACAUGGCAGAGGUAGAUUUGGCAUCAAACGGAGCGGAACCCCCCGGCGGCGAGGCCUCCUCCUCGGCUUUCCCUUACGAGGAGUACGAAUGCAAAAUCUGCUACAAUUACUUCGACCUUGACCGACGCGCUCCUAAGAUCCUGGAGUGCCUGCACACGUUUUGCGAGGAGUGCCUGAACACGCUCCAUCUGCGGGAGGAGCGGCCAUGGCGCAUCAGCUGUCCAGUCUGUCGCCACCGGACUCCUGUGCCGGAUUAUCGGAUACAGAACCUGCCCAACAACACCAAGGUGACGGAGGAUUUCCCUCUCUACAUCGACUCGGACCCCCUGCCUCAGGACGCUCUGCCUCCAUACCCUCCACCGCUGCACCCAGCUUUAGUCGCCCUGCGCCGGGAGGAAGCAUCGGGCACAUCCAGCGUCUCCCAGGCGACUCCAUCCACCACCGUGUCCACCGCCACGACAAUCUCCCAGGACUCGGUGCGCUACGACAGCUGUCAGAGCUGCAAGAGAGUGGCUCUGACCACCGGCUGCGUGUGCGUGAUCUUCUCCUUUCUGUCCAUGCUGGUGUUGCUGUUCAUGGGCCUGAUCUUUGUGCACAGUCACAGCAUUCCUCCCUCGCCUGCAGGACCCAUUUGCUUGUCGGUAGCCAGCAUCCUGGCCAUGUUCUCGGUGGUCGUCACAUGGCUCAUCUGCUGGCUCAAAUACAGACCGGACCAUGAGACAGGCCGCUCAUCCGCCACCAGUAACUCCAGGAGAAACGCCUGACAUGGCUGCUGCUCUGACUAAUGAUGGAGAGAUGGAGAGAUGUUGUAUACUGUGGGUGUGAUUUAUGUACAUAAUACUGAUACUCCUCCUCCCUUUAAGGAAAUAAAUCUCGUCCAAAAUGGCCUUUUUUUAUCAGUAUAGCAAACACCCAAAGGCCUUCAUGUUGUUUGGAGCAACAUGAUCCUUGAUAAACCUGAUUUUCCUGAAGUUGUGCACUUGUAUUGACAGUAUAUGCCCAGCUGAUUUGGGUGAACUUGUCCAAGACUUACACCCCCUGUUGGUCUCAGCUGUGGUUGGUUUGAAUGUGAAGUGCUUAUUUCCAGGGUUUGACACCCUCCCCACCUUAUCCUGCUAGAUUAUAUGCAUAUCCCACUAUGCCACUCACUGUAUGAUAACUGAUCCACUCUUAUAUCUCAACAAAGCACUGUUGUAUUGUACAGAUAUUUGGCACUUCUGAGUUGAUGGAUUUUUAUGGAGGCUUGUAUGCGAGAAGCCUCUAAAAUAUCAUUCCCUUACAAAGAAGUCCUCAAUCCAAACUGUAAAUAGUCUACAGAGAAUUGAGUGGUACUGGAUAAAGGUGUCAUCGGCUUCCUAACCCAUGUGCUUGAAUUUAUCCUACAGGAUGGCACUGUUUCCUUUAUCACCAUGAAAACUGCACCUCUUCCAGGUUUUUCAAAGAGAUAGCUUGUGAUUUUGACCCUGUGUUUGGCUACUUUUGUGCAUGUUAUAGGCUCCUGAGAGCUUUGAAAGGCUUUUUUUGUUUCUUCUUUUUUAUUAUUUAACACAAGAGAUGUUAUGUCUCCUGACUCGUGUGCCUCACCUUGUUGCUGAAUGAAGUAAAACUUCACCGAAAUCAUGCACGGGCCUCCUGCCACAGACGGCGUCCUGCUGGGGUGAUGGCAGGGAUUUCCUCUUUCUGUCACAUCAUUUACACAAAUGGAAGUUGAAAACAGGGUUUCCAACAUGGAGCUGCCUCCCAAGUCAGCACCUUUUUUGCAUCUGGCUGUGAAGAAAGGUCAGAAUAGAUACCUGUUUCUAUAAGUUUGUGUUAAACAGGUGUAAUCCAGGCCACCUUCAGCACCAAGUUCACUCCUCUUCUUCCUUCAAAGUGUGAGAAUCUACAUACAUGUUUCUUGGCUAUAGGCCAGACAUGGUGAACGACUUAUAAAAGGAUAUAUUUGGUGUCACUCUGGUUCCUCUGAGAUUGUCAGGAUUCAUAAUUACCUCUGUAAACUUAAAGAGCCCCAUGCGCUUUGUGGCUUAGAUUAGAAAGAGGCAUAUAAGAAAGAUAAAAACACUUCAGUACCUGCACUAACACAAUGCAAAUAUUUAGUUUUCCUAAACUAAAACUAAGUAACAAUCAGUUUAUAUGGUUUGUUUCCCUCAGAAAUACAAAUAAACAGAAACACUAAACUAACUUUUGCAGACAAUGCAUCAAAAAGGCUAAAACUUCUUAUUAUGAACAUUACUGUGAACCGUUGGUUAAUUUUGUGUAUGUAAUCGUUGCUACAAUCUGUACAAUUAUUUAUUUAUUAUUCUUGAAUAUGGCAAAAAGUGAUACCUUAUUUGUGGUGUUAUGUUCUGACUCCCUGACCUUCCUGUCAGCAUUCAAUUCGGAGAUUAUUCGGACACCAAAGUGGUUUAACCUAUAAGCACUUGUUGCCCUUGCACACUCAUGGUAUCCCUACCUCACUGCAUGGGAGAAAAGCAAAACAAUAUGAUUCUUAACUCCCCCUCAAUCUGAUUCCCACGCUUGCUUCAAUCAUCCUGCUCAACCUUUUUCCCAACUUUUAGACGAUGCACUUUCACCCUCUUAUUUGACACAAGUAACGGGGUUUACCUUUGUGAAAUGUACGCAUAUUGUAUUUAUUUCAGAGGACCUAGACGUUGGUUUUUAUGAGAAUCUGUGGUUGUUGUUAAAGUACCAAAAGUAUUUGCACAGAGAAGUGUUCUUUAUGUGCUGUUUUACAUACAUAAACACAUUUCAGUAAUAAAGGAAACAUGAAUACC